AUGCCACCUCGUCGACGCCUGACAAUCGACCAGCGAGUCACUGCAGCUUCCGGUCAUUUGGGCAAAUUCCUAGUGCCAGCUCAUAGCGUGAACGAUGCAGAAAGUCCUAUUCCUCCUGGCAAACUGAUCACCGGUGAAGAAAUUCCAGUUGUCGUGCCACAGCCGAGAGCCGUCGUCACCGAUGGUCAAACGCCAGAUGGUCAUCCACGUGUCAUCAAGUUCCCAGUUGGUGGCAUGGAUGUGAAGAUCAACACGCAAAAUGUUGCAAUCGUUAGCAAUGACCAUGCAAAACAACAUUAUCAAAAAGAACUUAAGGAGCGACAAAAGAAGGUGAAACCAACGACAAAAAUUAUUCCGCCGGCUCCGCUGCUGCUACCAUCAACAGCACCAGCACCACCGCAACAACCGGCCCUUAUCAACUACACAACCGAAUCUCCCGAGGAAUCAUUGGAAGAAGUGGAACCGGUCGUGCAACUGGAGCAAAGGAUAGCAAGUACAGUGCGAUCGGACGUAGCAACUGUCGAAUCUCAGGCAUGCUUCCGUUUCUUUAUUCCAGAACAUUAA